AUGUUCGCCAGUCGUCGGAGUCUUAGUCACCGGCUUCUUCGUAGUAAAAGGCCCAACAUUCAAACGUGCUUUCUUUUCGUUUUACUGACUAUUCAGGCUGCGUGGGUGAAACACCUGUCCAAAGACUACCCUACUCUGGCGUUCCAUGCCAGCAUCACCAACUCUUUCGGCAAAGGAUCGCUGAUCCAGCUGCUGCGUCAGUUUUCCGUCCUCCACCAGGACAGAAAACAGAUCAGCGUUGGUUUCAUUGGGUAUCCCAACACAGGAAAGUCCAGUAUCAUCAACACGCUGAGACGCAAGAAGGUGUGCACGGUGGCUCCUAUCCCGGGAGAAACUAAGGUGUGGCAGUACAUUACGUUGAUGAAAAGAAUCUUUUUGAUCGACUGUCCCGGAAUCGUGCCUCCAUCCACGAAGGACACCGAGGCAGACAUUCUGUUCCGCGGUGUUGUGCGUGUGGAGCACGUUUCGAACCCAGAACAGUUCAUUCCGGACCUUUUGGCCAAGUGCGAACGCAAACAUCUGGAGAGAACGUACGAAAUCAAGGGGUGGAAAAAUGCGGGCGAAUUUAUCGAGCUGCUGGCGCGCAAGCACGGAAGGCUGCUGAAGGGAGGCGAGCCCGACGAGAGCGGAGUGGCCAAGCAGGUGAUUGCUGACUUCAACAGGGGAAAGAUUCCGUGGUUUGUGCCGCCUCCAGAGGACACUGAGGAGCGCACGGGGGUGGACAAAAAGGCGGCGUACAAGAGAAAGCGAGCCGAGCGCGAGGAGCGUGCCGAGGCCGAGCAGCAGGCAGAGUACGAGGCCGAGCAGGAGGACGACCUGCUGCCAAAGAAGCAGAGAACCGAGUAG